AUGGCGGGUGUACGUCGCUUGCAGUGGCUGCUGGCUCUCUUUGGCGUGGGGCUAGUCACUGCACAUGUUAUGGGACUGCCUGCAAACAUUGCCAAAGUCGUUCCUGAAGAUGAGGAGCUGCUGUUCACUUCGACUAUUUCCUACUGCGAGCCGCCGCAGCAGUUUAUUGUGGACAACAUGGAUGCCGUGUUCCACCGGAAUAACGGGACACUGGACUUUGAUAUUGUAGCGCAAUCGCUGCCCAAUAAUGCGACCCUUACUGUAUUUGCAGAUAUUUAUGCGUAUGGCGAAGACUUUUUGGCCACCUCGAUCGACUUGUGCAAGAUCGGCGACGGCUCGCUUUGUCCGCUGCCCUCGUACAACUUUGCGGGGUCAGGCGUGUACAAUAUCCCGGAUGAGUAUAAAGAAAAGCUCCCGGGGAUCGUGUACAAGGUGCCGAGUCUGGAAGUGUUUGGGUAUUUGCGACUGAUGCGAACCGGCACGGCGGAAACGCUCGGGUGUCUCCAAAUCACCUUUUCGAAUGGACUCACCACAAAGACGCAACGAGUGGUGUGGGCUACCGUGGUGGUCAUUGUGGUGGCCUCCGCGCUUGCUGUGUUGUGCACGCUGUGGACCGAUUCCUUGAGCGCCCUGCAGUGGCGUGUUUUGGACAUUUUGGGGACGAUGCACAUCGUGGUCAUGAUAUCCAUGCUGACAAUGAUCACGCCUGCUGCUUACUUUGACUACUCACUCAACUUAGCGUGGACGUUUGGCCUGAUCUACAUCAAGUCGGUGCAGCGCUCCAUUCUCAGUUCCCGCGAAGACACAGGCAGCAACGACUUGCAGCUCGAGUAUGGCGGGCUACUCGAGGCUAAGUACAGUCGCUUGGCUAACCUGUAUCCUUCCUUGGUACUCAAUGCGCAAAAGGAGCCAAAAAAUAUACUAAGUACCAAUCUGCUGCACACCUUCCUCGACGCCGACACGGACGCGGAUACCAUGCUUGCCAAACGCAAGAUUUAUGCUCCGAAUACAGGGCCGGGCGGUGAGAUGGAGAAGGGGGGCGGAUCGCGAAAAGUAGCGCUCGCCAACGAACCGAUCAGCUUUAGCCACACGGGCAUCUUCCACUACGCCGAGGGGAAUGAUAUUUCGCCUUAUAGCGCGUUCCUUACCGUCUUGGUCAACUGGUUGUUUGUCGUGUGCAUUGCGCUGGCCGUAUUUGGAGUUGUUCUCGUGCUUUGGUACUUGUUGGGGCGUCGCAGGGCCUCGACGUACGACCCUGUGUCGUCUGAAAUGGAGCCGGUGCACGAUACAAAAGACCUCAUGAAACCCACUCGGCAAGCGUUCAUGAUGCCGCUGCAAAGAGUUAAGCAGCGCUAUCCACGAAAAAGUCCAAGGACGCUCGCGCGGUUCUAUUUCCAAGUGGUACGGCCUCUUUCUUUGCGUGUGUACGAAGCGGCGACGACGCCUUUGCUUAUUUUGAUUUUCUUUCAAUGGGCACACUCCAAUUCGUGGGUGUCACAAGUGUCUGCGUCGGUCAUCUUUGGCGUAAUGGUCUGUAUUUGGCUAGUUACCUACGUGCCCAUUUUUUCCCAUGUAUACCGAACCAGAGACCCAGCCUCGCUGUACUACUCUUGCGCCACAUCGCCGUGGGAUACACACUCAGCAGCUGUGCGUCUCGGUUCGCCCGUGCAUCUGUACAAGCCCAAAUAUUAUUGGUUUGUCGUCGUUCAGCUGCUCUGCGUCAUUAUUCGCGCGUGCUUCGUCGCAUUUCCGCAGGGAACUGAUUUGUUGUUGCGGCAAGCAGUGGGCCUCUUGGUCCUCGACGUGCUCCUUUUUAUCGUAUUGUGCGUCUUGCGGCCGUACCGUGACAAAAUGUCCAUGUUUGUCCAAUGCAUUUUGACCGUCUUCCGGGUGAUCUUGUGGGUGGUUUGCAUUGUGCUCUCUACGCAAGUAAAUAUUUGGGGCAUCCCCCGUGCAGUGCUUGGGUUUGUCCUCCUCGGUGUCUCGGCGCUCGCCAUCGUUUUCAUCUUCUUUAUCCUUCUUUGGGACAUUCUCGCCUGCGUCUUUUCACGCCACCAGCGCUGGACGACACGAUACGCGGAAUCGCUGUCCUCGGCGCCGGGUGAGGCAAAUGAUCGAGAGCCGUCGUCCCAUUACAAGGAUCAAGGCAAUGCUGCAGACGCAGCAUAUCACGAUGCAAACCCCACCGAAGCAUGGCAAGCUCCUGAAAACCAGCAACAUGCGCCGGAAGUCGUUCUUGUGCCGUUUCCCGCCCAGCAAUCCAGACAUCUUCUUGCACAUUCUGAAAACUUUUAA